AUGCCCGUAUCCUCACCAUUAACAUUCCGUUCCUUCACUUUCCUACUCUUAAAAUUAAUUCCAACUCUUCUCUUUAUUCCCACACGAGUGCUUUCCACGCUCAUCAUUUAUUCCGAAUCGCAAGCCGUACUCGGAACAUUUUCAAAUGUAGAUUUCGUGCUUGCAAACUCAAUUAACUAUGGAACAAUUAAAGGUCGAAUAGCAAUAGUAUCGUUUGUGAAUAAUACAACAGAAAACCCUUGUCAAAUAGAUCCGUUACCGGAUGAUGUAGAUAUACUUGUUGUGCCAUUCGAAAUAGCCUUUAGCCGAGGAUGUAGAAGUUAUUCUGAUAUUUUAAAGGAGAACGGGUGGUAUAAAGAAGACGGUGAAAAUCCCGAUACUGGUGGCCAAACUGAUACGCCACCUGCAGUUGCAGAGUUGCUCUCUACCGAGACUUCGUACGAGACAGUAACCGGUCCUGAUGGGCAGGUGACUACUAACACAAAGAUAUCUACUGUCACCAUCACUUCGACUUUUGCACCUGGAUCGAAGCCUACCACAACUGUUCCAGGCGCGCCAACUUUACAACCUACGCCAACGGCAGCGGGUGUAGUGCCUACCAACGCCGUUCCAUCAAUAGUGAGUCCUGUUACAGGAGCGGUUAAUAGCGCGGUUGGAGGCGUGAACUCUGCCAUUGGAGGGAUUACUACUGUCGUUGGAGGGGUUACUUCUGUUGUUGGAGGGAUUACUACUGUUGUUGGAGGGGUUACUUCUGUUGUUGGAGGGGUUACUACUGUUGUUGGAGGAGUGGUUACUGACGUUCAGAGCACAGUCUUACCGACUGCGGUAGCCGGUUUGACUACACUUGUACCGAGUCUAUCUGUAGGGUUGCCAGCACUCAAACCGCCCUUGAAGGAAAAACGCGACAUAUAUAAUAUGGCGCAAAAAAUUCUCGUAAUAACUUCUGGUAAUGGUGGCGUACCCGGAUUAGACGAGAUUUAUGCUGGAAACAGAAAAAUUCUCUCUAAUUCUAUCCCAUCGAUUAGUCUUGUCAGUCAAGAUGAUAUGACUGGAAUCAGAGGAUUGGGAAGUAUAAUAUAUACGGGCGAGAUUACUUCAGAUUCUGGGCCAUGGGUUCGCCUUGUUCAGAGUACUUCAUGGAUAGUAUGGUCGUUGGGUAUGGGUGUUGGAUAUUUUGCCAUCACCACGUUUUGUCUGUAUUGUCUGGUAAAGACUUAUGGUCGAAUAGGCUUUGUGAUAACAAAUCCAAAGUACUGGAUCUAUCCCGGCAUUAUGAUUGUUUGUAUCUCCUCAGCAAUAAUUCUUGAAGUGAGUCCCGGUAGCAUACAUGAAGCCCGCAUACCAUUGAUCGGUUAUGCUUUCAUGAUCUGCUUCAAAAAUUUAAUGUUGUUAAUCAUAUUCAUUGUUGUUGAAAUGAUAUGGAAGACAGCCGCCGAAAUCAUGUGUCAAAAACAUAAUCACCACACAUUACUCUCUCGUAAAUUAUCGCUAGUAUACACCUAUCUUCUCUACUUGUGUGUUUUCUGUUUUACGACGGCAUUCGUCGUGCGCAUGGUCUCUUAUUCGCACGAAAACCUUCCAUGGGCGAUGCCAGCAGUGAAGAUGGCUUUUCUGGUAGAUUGUGUGUGUCUAAUUAUAUUGACUGUGGAGUUUAUAAUAUUCGGAAUGUUUAUGGUUACCGCGUUGAAGAAAAAAGUCAGUAGUAGUGCCAAACAAAAAUUGAGAACAAAGACGGCUAAAAAGAUGUUGGCGUUGAUGGUAUUGCUGGUAAUUGCGAUAGUUUUUAACAUAUGCGCAUCUACACUGUCGUUCUUGCCGAUAACGCCAAAAAACUUCUGGGUAUCACAGUCAACACAAAACAUAGCAACCGCCAUAGCUGCGAGUAUAGUAAUAUUUGUUCUUCAUGAUUCGACAAUAGGCCGCUGCCUUCCGAAAACAUACGCUGCCUUUGAGGAAACUGGAGAUAAUUCAAUCACUAGCCAAGCAAAUCAAGAAAUAGAAUGUACCACAAUAACUCGUACCGAGGGAAGUGGGGGAGGGGAUAGUUAG